UCAUUAAAUAAUAUGAAAAAAAAGUCCCAGCGUAGCAAGGGUUAAGGCUUCUCCUUGUAUACGAUGCCUAUCCACGGUUUCUCAGCCCACAUCGAAAGCAUUUAGAGAGUUCGUCGAUUGGAUGAACCAGCGUAGGAGUAACAGCCACAAGCACUGGAUUUAUUUCCCCCUUCAAUAGAAAUGAAUGAACAUAUCAAAGCAUCUUGGAUCCGGAAGUUUAGCCACGUGGGAGUUGCCUGCUAUGACCAUGACCAUAACCAUGACCAUGACCAUGAACAAUACGAUGUCGUCGCGCAGUCGGAGCCUCCGCCUAUGGAUAUACGCUUGAAUCGAUCCCCCGGCAGUUCCUCCCGGUCGAAGGCUCGAUAGUUAGCCAGUACCUGCCUGGUACAUGACCAAGACGUUGCUCAGCGGCCUGGUGAAGGUGCAG